ACAAAUUUCCUUACAUUAAACCCUUUUGUCACCUUUUUUUGCAACAUGUCUCUUGCCAAACAAAAUUUUGCUAGCCAAUCUGAAGAAGCUUUGAACCAACAGGUUAAUACCGAGUUGCAAGCUUCUCAAGUCUAUUUAUCUAUGGCCGCUUGGGCCCAACAUUCUUCUGUCGCUUUGCCCGGAUUAGAGAAAUAUUUUCGUGAAUCUGCCUCUGAAGAAAGAGAACAUGCUCAACACUUGAUUGAUUAUAUCAAUACAAGAGGUGGAAGAGUUGUAUUACGUGCUUUGCAAGCACCAGAGACUGAUUGGAAGUCUGCUAAAAAUGCAAUUGAAUCAGCUCUUCAACUUGAAAAAGAUGUCAACAAGUCACUUUUGAACUUGCACAAGAUUUCUGACGGACAAGGUGAUCCUCAAAUGUGCGACUUUAUCGAAAGUACCUACUUGGGUGAACAAGUUGAAGCUAUCAAGAAGUUGUCAGACAUGGUUACCCAACUUAACCGUGUUGGUGAAGGCCUUGGUGUUUAUUUGUGGGAUCAACAACUUUACAAGGAUGGAACCGGUGCCGGAAGUCGUGCUAUCGGCAACGGUGCUUAAAAAAAAAUCACCCUGAUGACAUUUUAAUUGUCCUAAAUGGGGCAAACAAAGAUAGUUUCUUUUUAAAUAAAAAAAAUUAUUUUUUUAUUUGUUAA